UCUUCUUUCUUCGAAUCGUUUUGUUAUCUCUUGCUCUUGGCUCUUGGGAUGGCGUUAGUCCCCGUUGUUAAUCCACCUAUUGGAGUGGAGUUCGACGAGGAAGGCGAGGAUCGAGAUGAAUUUCACAUCGAUAAGCUUGCGACAGAUUUUACAGAAACGGAGGAAUCGAUUCGUCAUAACGUGUAUCCAGAGAGUGACGACGAGUCUGAGGGUAAUGGUCGUGGUGGUGCCGCGCGUGGGGGGACACCGAUCGUUCGUGGCGAUGGUAUAAUGUAUAAAGGGCAGAGAUUCUACAAUGGAAUCGCGUUUAAGGAGUGUGUGACUGACUAUGCACUGGCAACAGGUUGUAAUCUGAAGCAAUACAGGUACGAUAGAGAUAGAAUCGGGUUUAGGUGUGUUGGUGCUAAGGGAAAAUGUCAAUGGAAAGUUUAUGCUGCGUCUCUUCAUAAUGAGUCGAUGUGGAGGAUUACGAAGUACACGAACACCCAUGUUUGUGUGCCUAAUGGAGAAUGUGAGAUGUUUAAGGUCCCAGUCAUAGCUAGGUUAUUUCUUGAUAAGAUUAGAGAAGAACCAGAUUAUUACAUGCCUUUAAAGAUGGAACAGACCAUAAUGGAGAAGUGGAAGAUAUCAGCUACGAGAGGUCAAUGUCAAGCUGCUAGGAGAAAGGCAUUGGCAUGGAUAGCGAGUGAAUAUGACACUCAAUUUGAACGUCUUCGAGACUAUGGAGCUGAGAUAUUGGAAGCAAAUCAAGGGUCUGUGGUAGAGAUUGAUACGGUGAAGAAUGACGCUGGUCAUGAUGUGUUUAAGCGAUUCUAUGUAUGCUUUGAUGUUCUUAGGAAAACAUGGAAAAAAAACCUGCAGGCCACUAAUUGGGGUUGAUGGUUGCUUCUUAAAGGAAAAGAUUAAGGGUCAGUUGUUGGUGGCUUUAGGAAGAGAUGCAGACAAUGCUAUCUACCCAAUAGCAUGGAGUGUUGUUCAGGUUGAGAACACAGAUAAUUGGAGCUGGUUUGUGAAUAGGCUGAAGAUAGACUUGGAGUUAGGUGAUGGAGAUGGUUACAUUAUGGUUUCUGAUCGCCAAAAGGGAUUGAUUAAGGCUGUUGAGUUAGAAUUACCAAAGAUUGAGCAUCGUAAAUGUGUUAGGCACAUUUAUGGUAACCUAAAGAAGACUCAUCC